UAGGAUGUGUGGGGAAGUUCUCCUGCUGUUUCUGAUCAUCUGUCCAGCCUUCCAGAGCAGGGCAGAGAGUGCAGAGGAAUAUGACUAUGAUUAUCUCAGCGCCAACAAAACCUGGGUCCUGACCCCCAAAGCCCAGGACACAGAUGCCACCCAGAUCCUCAACACCCUGCUUCAGAACUACGACAACAAGCUUCGCCCAGACAUUGGCGUCAAGCCCACUUUCAUUGAUGUGGACAUCUAUGUCAACAGCAUUGGGCCUGUCUCCGUGAUCCAUAUGGAAUACACCAUCGACAUCUUCUUUGCCCAGACGUGGUACGACCGGCGCCUUCGCUUCAACAGCACCCUCAAAGCACUGACCCUCAAUACCAACAUGGUGAGCCGCAUCUGGAUCCCAGACACCUUUUUCAGGAACUCUAAGAGGGCAGAUUCACACUGGAUCACCACCCCCAACCAGCUCCUCCGGAUCUGGAACGACGGCAAAGUGCUCUACACUCUCAGGUUGACCAUUGAGGCCGAAUGUCUGCUCCAGCUGCAGAACUUCCCCAUGGACACACACUCCUGCCCCCUUGUCUUCUCCAGCUAUGGUUAUCCACGAGAGGAAAUCAUCUACCGCUGGAGGAGGUACUCCAUUGAAGUCUCGGACCAGAGGACCUGGAGACUGUAUCAGUUUGACUUCACGGGUCUCAGGAACACAUCAGAGGUGCUCCAGACAGGCGCUGGAGACUACAUGGUCAUGACGGUCUCCUUCGACCUGAGCAGGAGAAUGGGCUACUUUGCUAUUCAGACUUACAUUCCCUGCAUCCUGACGGUUGUUCUGUCCUGGGUCUCUUUCUGGAUCAAGAGGGACUCCACACCUGCCAGGACAUCUCUGGGGAUCACCACUGUGCUCACCAUGACCACCCUGAGCACCAUCUCCCGCAAGCACCUGCCCAGGGUCUCCUACAUCACGGCCAUGGACCUGUUUGUCUCUGUCUGUUUCAUCUUUGUCUUUGCGGCCCUCAUGGAGUAUGCCACCCUCAACUAUCUGGUGGGGAACAAGAAACCAGCAGAGCACAGCAACAGGAGGCCCAGGCUGCCAGCCAGCCAUGGCCAGCUGCUGCCCUCCUACACUGCCAUCCACAUCAACAGCCUGGUGCAGUGGCCGCCCGAACUGGACCAUGACGAUGAUGAGAGUGAGGAUCUGGGGCCCCCAUGCCUGGAGGGGAAGGAAUGCCAGCGCUUCUUCUGUUGCAUCGAGGACUGCCAGACAGGAACGUGGCGGGAGGGCCGGAUCCGGAUCCACAUUUCCCGCCUGGACUCCUAUUCCCGAGUUUUCUUUCCCACAGCCUUCCUGCUCUUCAACAUUGUGUACUGGAUCGCUUAUCUCUAUCUCUAGUU